UCUUUUGAAGACGCACACAACCACAAACCCUGAAGAAAGAGGUUGAGGAAAGACUUUAAAGUCAACAAUACAUUUUAGAUUAAGUUAAUAAUUUUUAGGCGAAACUUUGGCACUGUAAUGUAAAGCGUUACCUUUUAUAUUCAUAUCUGGCAAUUUAGAGCACAUGUUGCAAUUACACAGCUGUUGUCUGAAGAAGGUGGACAUGUAGAAACGCGGGCGUUUUGUGGAUGUCUUCAGUCAUGCAGGUUUCGCGGAUCCGCGCGGCGCGUAAAAGCGAGUGGCUCAAGUGCGCUCUCGCGCACCACUUCAGUCCAGAUCCCUGCGUGGAAAACGAGAUCGUGGUUUUGGCUACCGGCGUGGACCAGUAUCUCCAGGAGGUGUUUCAUCACCUGGCCUUUUACAGCGGUGAUGAUCUCGUCUCGGAUGAGGACUUUAGGAGUCUGUGUUUGGUUUUGGGGAUUCCCUCGAGCGCAGAGACUGAGAAUGGCACCGCAGAACACCGGGACAUUUGCGGUGGACUUCCUCGUGUGCUUAACUUCAAAGAAUUCCACGCUCGACUAUGUGGAUUUUUCUCGCUUAAAGCGCAGGAAAGACAGACUGGAGCUCGACUCCCGGUUAGUGAGGAGACCGAGCACAUCGAGCGCGAGAUCAGACUCCGGUGUCCCCGCGUCCGGAGGAGAAAGUGCGUCAGUUUUGAUCUGUCUGCCGAUCAUCAGAACCGAAGGAAGUCAGUGAGAAGAUCCGGACACUCUCAGAAUCUGGAUCAUUCGCAGAGUUCUGUGGAAUCCACGAAAAACGCAGUGGAUAUUAACCCUCAGAGGAGAUGGCAGGACCAGCUAGAGUUGGAGAACGCCAGUCUGAGGGAGCUGGUGGAGGACUUACGUUCAGCCCUCCAGAGCAGCGACGCGCGGUGCAUGGCAUUGGAGGUGGCGCUACGCCGAAAAGAUGUGCCACCCCAACACACUGCUGGUGGAACCCCGGAGAGACAAGACUGCAGCGCUGGGGGCAAAACAAAAACACGACAAUCCAAACACAUGGAAUUGGACACCAGAAGAAGCACUAAAGACCUCCAGCGAGAGCUGGAGCUGAUCCGUGCUUCACGUGAUGGACAGCUGGAGGAAGCCAUGAGGUUUAACCAGAGGUUAGAGGAAGAGCUGAUGGCAGCUUAUGGAGAGCUCAGCAGGAUGCAGGAGAUCGCGGACAGUGUCAGGACUGAAAACGCACGGAUUAAGAAGAGGACGGAAGAGGUCAGAGGGUCACUGGCUGCGGGGUUGGAAGGCGUGAGGGCCUUACAAGACCAGGCCAAACAAGCUGACCUGCUCCGAGAACGAGUCCAGAGUCUGGAGAACCAGCUGGAGAAGUUCAGGGCCCAGUGCACCUGCACAGAGCUGAAUAUGAACAGAACCGAAAUACUAGUUGAACCAUGUGGGUCCGGAUUUCCCGCCCUCCAUGAUGAUGCCCUCAUGAGAAGAGAAGAAGGCCUGCAGAGGUCAGUAGAGGGUCGGGCAGCAUCAGAUGAGGAAGAGGAGGAGAGAGGCUUGGAUGAAGGACAGUGCUGCCACCUGGAGGUCAAACGGCUGAUUAACAGAUUACACAGCUGUGCUAAAGGGUGUCAGAAAGUUGCUAUCUGUAACUGGCUUGUCUCUCAGAGCUCCGCUCACAGCAAAGAAACUAAAGGACGUGUAUGGAUUCCUCAAGUAGAGGAGAGGGGAAAUGAAGGAGUAAAGAUGAAGCAGAAAGAGGUGGACAGCUUGAGAGCUCAUCAUUCACUGCUGGAGGAGAGACUGACUGAUGCGCUCACUUUACUGCUGCAGAUACCACAUAAAAGAGUCUCUCGCCGGAUCUUGGGGAAAAUACUGAUCAACACACUAGAUCUGUGUACCAGAAAAAGUCACGACUGCACUCCAGUGUUCCAGGUCGUGGACACGCUCUGCCAGCAGCUCCUUUCCAGUGACCUCCUGGAUGGAGGAGAAGAGGUCAGCAUUGGGUCACGACCUUCUGUGACCUCAGGUCACCCAAACACGUCGAACCCCCUUCUGAUGUCCUGCUGA